AUGCUCCAACAUAUCUUGCUUCUUGCUAUUGCAACUUCGAUCCAGGUUACAGGAAAACCGGGAUUCCUUGCCUACACCGAUUUCAGAGGUAAACCCUAUAAGGUCACCUACGACGAACGAUCCUUCUUCCUCGAUGGAAAGAGAAGUAUUUUCUUGGCUGGAUCUGUCCACUAUCCAAGAGCUACUCCAGAGAUGUGGGACACGAUUCUCGAUCAGGCUGUAGAGGAUGGACUGAAUCUGAUUCAGAUUUACACUUUCUGGAAUCUGCAUGAGCCGGUGAAAGGUCAGUACAAUUGA